UUGAUUGUAUACACCUGUGUCCAUGGAGGGGAUUGGAACACCUGAAUCACAUGAUUGGGAGGGGAUUGGAACACCUGAAUCACAUGAUUGGGAGGGGAUUGGGACACCUGAAUCACAUGAUUGGGAGGGGAUUGGAACACCUGAAUCACACGAUUGGGAGGGGAUUGGAACACCUGAAUCACAUGAUAUGGAGGGGAUUAGAACACCUGAAUCACAUGAUUGGGAGGGGAUUGGGACACCUGAAUCACAUGAUUGGGAGGGGAUUGGAACACCUGAAUCACAUGAUAUGGAGGGGAUUGGAACACCUGAAUCACAUGAUAUGGAGGGGAUUGGAACACCUGAAUCACAUGAUAUGGAGAAGGGUUGGGGGCAAUACUUUGGGCAAUAGAAUGUAU